GUCUCCGUUGCUUGACUUGGGCUGUUGGGCAAUCCCCGCCCUAUAAAUACCAGUCUCCUCAUUCUUCCAUCUUCGAGGGCGCGUAGACGCGAAAAGUCGGGGAACAGAGCCUCAGAGAGGAGUAAAACAGCGAUCGAUUUCUAUUCUGGAACCCUAAUUUCCAAUUCCCCUUACUUUAUAUAUCCAUCGAUUGAUCGUGAGAUCCGAAGCUCGAUCCCUGCAGACGGGUAGAAGAAGCGAUCCCCUUUUGAAUUCCUGAAGUGUUCGUCUCAAAAUUGCACUAGAGUCAGGGUUUAUAUGCUGAAACCAGAUGUGAGGUCUUUAAAUCUCUGAAGAUAUGGAGAAUCAGACUGUUGUACGGGAAGCUCCUGGCACGGGAAUCGAUUCAAGGUCUUCUUUCCAGAAUCGGAUUGAAAAUGGCGAGUCUCAGCAGUCAUGGAAUGGGGAGAUCGGAUUCGGCAGUGGGAGUGAUCGUCGAUAUGCUUUCUCACGCCAACCUUCGUUCCGUCAACACGACGCUCACACUCCCAUACCUAUUAUUUCAAAUGAGUCCGUUCAUCCAGUGCUUUAUCGGAGUUCUUCCAGCAUCAAUAUUCCGCCAGGCAUUUAUCCGCCACUUGAAAACGAGAGUGUGUGGAGAGGACAUGGAAAGUCCUCGUUUAGGGAGGAGAGAAGUUCACCUAAAAAUGUUUCCUUUCCGUUGCGUAUGUUGUCUGUAUUUCAAGUUAUGAGAUCUGGGAGUAGACCUAUGAAGCGGCUCUUUGUGAUGAUCACACUCAACGUGGCUUAUUCAACUGCUGAAUUGGUUAUAGGAAUUUUCACCCGGCGUUUUGGCUUGGUGUCCGAUGCUUUUCAUUUGACAUUUGGUUGUGGCCUCUUAACAUUUUCAUUGUUUGCGAUGGCUACUUCCCGGAAGAAGCCUGAUGAAGUCUACACCUACGGGUACAAAAGGCUAGAAGUCCUUUCUGCUUUUACUAAUGCUCUGUUUCUUUUGUUUAUGUCAUUCUCCUUAGCCGUGGAAGCACUUCAUGCAUUUAUACAAGAUGAAUCUGAGCACAAGCAUUACUUGAUUGUUUCAGCAGUGACAAAUCUUUUGGUGAAUUUAAUCGGUGUCUGGUUCUUUCGAAGCUAUGCUCGCAUUAAUCUUGUUUACAGGAAAGCUGAAGAUAUGAACAACCACUCGGUGUGCUUACACGUUCUUGCAGAUUCUAUUAGAAGUGCGGGUUUGAUCCUUGCAUCAUGGUUUCUUUCCCUUGGGGUAAAAAAUGCUGAGGUGUUAUGCAUGGGGCUUGUUUCAGUUGUGGUGUUCAUGGUCGUCAUGCCACUUUUUAGAGCAUCUGGCAGCAUCUUGCUUCAGAUGGUGCCUCCUAGCAUACCACCCUCGGCUUUCAGUAAGUGCUUGAGGCAGAUUACUGCCCUUGAGGAUGUUUCUGAUAUUUCACAAGCUCGGUUUUGGGAAUUGGUACCUGGUCUUGUUGUUGGGUCGCUCUUGAUACAGGUGAAGAAGGGGGCAGAUGAUCUUCCAAUACUCCAACAUGUGCAUGGUUUGUACCAUGAGUUGGGCAUACAAGAGUUGACAGUUCAAACUGAAUUUGUCUGAGGUUUGGCUUCUUUUGAGGCUUCGGGCUGCAGGGAGCAAAUGCUUCUUUUGAGGUGGGAUGGACUGAUUUUGUCUGAGCAAAAGCUUAUGAUCUUAAAUAUGAUAUUAUCUACCUAAUGAAGAGCCUCUUUGCAAGAUUGGUGAUCUGUCAUCCUUCAGAACCGUAAGUAUAUAUAUUUUAUUUGCUUAAGCUAGCAAGACAGCGAUUCAAGGCUUUGGGUUC